AUUUGAAGAACUGGAGACCACAGAGAAGAAUUCCAUUUUUCUCUGAGAGGUGGUGGCUGACUGGAUGCGCUGUUAGCAGUAUGAUAAGCUAAAACGUGCAAACUGGGGGAAAAAAAGUGAUGUCUGUCAUUUUUGAGGUUGUUUUACAAACUGCGCGUGGUGCAGACAAAGUGUACGGAAAUACAAACGAAAUGUUUUUUCUACAGUUGACAAAAACCGAUGGCAGUCAAAAAUGGUGGUUAGUAAAAAUCCCGCCCUCGCGCUUCAGGUGCAUUUGUGCACUUUAACUGUGACUUUAACUGUUUUUAGGUGAAGGCUUGGAUCAUUUUUGGCGCGUUCUGUUGGAGGGGCAAAACUGCGUCGUGGAUAUUCCGGCCGAGAGGUUUGACCGAGAAUACUGGUUCGAUUCCGAUGGCAGCGAACCUGGAAAGACUCAAACCACCAAAGCUGCUCUAAUAGACGGGUUGAACGAGUUUGACCACAGAUUUUUUGGCAUGGCCGAGGCCGAGGCGGACGCGAUGGACCCUCAACACAAACUCCUUCUCGAGUGCACGUUCAGGGCCUUGGAGGACGCCGGCAUCCCCGUGGAGCGCGUCAGCGGGAGCGCAACCGGAGUUUACAUCGGUCUGAUGAACCGAGACUACGAGAUGGUCCGAAGUCGCAGGCCCGACUUCAUCAGUCACUACAGUGCCACGGGCACGGCCGCGAGCCUGGCGGCCAACAGGAUCUCCUUCGUCUUCAAUCUCACCGCGGCCUCCUUCGCCGUGGACAGCGCCUGCUCCUCGUCCCUGGUGGCUGUGCACGUAGCCUGUCAAGCAAUAAGACAAGGGGACUGCGAGAUGGCGCUGUGCGGAGGCGUCAACUGCAUCUUGGAGCCCCGAGGGUUUGUGGCCCUGGGCAAGGCCGGGAUGAUCUCGCCCGAAGGCACCAGCAAGCCCUUCUCCGGCCGGGCAGACGGCUACGGCAGAGGCGAGGGCUGCGGCGUCGUUCUUCUGAAACCGCUCGAAAAGGCAUUGCAAGACUGCAACAAAAUCUGGGGUAUCAUCGCCAAAACGGCCGUCAACCAAGACGGACACUCGGUGUCGCCCAUCACCAAGCCCUCGUUGCUUCGACAAGAGGAGCUGCUGAAAGGAAUAUACUCUGAGCUAGACCUCGCCGAUGUCCAGUACAUCGAGGCUCACGGGACAGGAACCCCUGUCGGAGAUCAGACAGAGGCGAUGAGCAUCUCAAACGUUUUAGCCAAAACCAGAUGCGACGGUGCAGAUACUCUGCGGAUCGGCUCCGUAAAGGGAAACAUCGGACACUUAGAAUCCGCGGCGGGAGUGGCUGGACUCAUCAAAGUGCUCCUCAUGAUGAAACACCAGACUAUCGUUCCGACUGUUUUCUACUCCCAAGACCGUUGUAGCAUAGAUGCUGAAGUGAUGAGGAUCAGGAUUCCAGCAGAAACUGAAAGGUGGACGACGAAUGGAUCAGGGAAGCGGGUCGCUGGGAUUAACAGCUUUGGCUUUGGAGGCACAAAUGCGCACGUAAUUGUAAGAGAGUAUAAACAGCCCACAAAUCCCGCACGGGUCUCAAAAGACGGUCCAAGGCUUUUCGUAGCAUCUGCAGCCUCUGAGAAAUCCUUGAUCCGUUCCCUCACCGAUGCCCACAGGCGGCUUCUCGCUGGCCAAGUGGCCGACCUGCAGGCGUUAUCAUACACCUCGGCCUGCAGGCGGAGCCACUUGAAGCACAAAUACCGCAAGGCUAUCGUCACGUCGUCCCUCUCGGAGUUGCAGCAGCAGGUGGCGUCCUCGCUGAAAGCAAAAGUGGCCUCGACAAAGACAAAGCCAAACAUCGAGGUGGUGUUUGUGUUCUGUGGGAACGGGGUUGCUUUCAGAGGCAUGUGCAGCCAGCUCUUAAGCACCAUUCCUCUUUUUCAAGACAAGUUGAAGGAGGUGGAGGUUCUCUUUCAGAAGAAGAACCCACACAUGCGAAUCACUCAGUGGCUUUCUGGAGAAUGUGACACGGAUGAACCGAGUCGGCCGGAUGUCGCCCAGCCUCUUCUUUUCGCUGUUCAGGUCGCCAUAGCAGCCCUCCUGAAGCACUGGGGGGUCAAACCCGACACGGUCAUGGGCCACUCCUUAGGUGAGGUUGCUGCUGCUCACUGCUCAGGCCUCUUGGCUCUUGAGGACGCCGUGAACGUGGUGUACCAACGCAGCGCGCUUCAAAGCAAGGCCACUGCUGGAAAGAUGCUUGUGGUGGGCAACAUCCUGGUGGAAAAAGUGCGGAGAAUUCUUUGGGACUUCUCGAAGAGUGUUUGCGUGGCUGCCUUCAACAGCCCACAAUCUUGCACAUUGUCAGGAGACAAAGAUGCUAUAGAUGUUCUCCACGACAAGCUGUACGGGAUGUACCGCAAUGCCAAUAUCUUUCUCCAGAUCUUAGAUGUUCCGGCGGCUUACCACAGUCACCUCAUGGAUCCUAUCCUCGGAGACAUUCGGAGUAAUUUAGGUUGUCUGGAUGUCGACAACAUCGAAUGCAAGCUAUUUUCCACUGUGACAGGAGGCCAGUAUGGGCACGGUGAAUUUGAAAGUGGGAGCUACUGGGCAAAGAACAUCAGGGAACCGGUUUUGUUUGAGGGAACGUUACGUGCCGUUGCGAGAGAUAACCUGUCGCUGAGAAAUGUGGUCUUUGUGGAGAUUGGACCUCGCAGGGCUCUUGAAAGACACAUCCACGAGACCCUAGGAACAGAUGUUCUUGUUCUUCCCUCUGUUCAACCACCGAAAGAAUUUGAAACUCUGUUGUCCACAGUAGGGAAACUAUUUGAAGUGGGUGUCAACGUGCGCUGGGAGGAGCUCUACCAAGGUUAUAAAACACCACCCACGGUGUUCCCACUCUAUCACUUUGACACUACAAAGAAAGAGAUGUACUUUGAAGAUCUCCGAAAAGGAAAUGAUUUGUCAUUUUCCUCACCACAUCCUCUGAUAUCGCAAGUACGGCAGAACAACAAACAGUACGAGUGCAGUCUCACGGAGAAGACUAUGCCGUACCUCUGGGAGCACAAACACAAUGGCGUUGCCAUUCUGCCCGGCGCCUUCUAUGUGGAGCUGGCUUUUGCUUCGUUGUUGGCUGAUUUGCACCCGAAGAGGCCCGUGUCCUCUGUCCAGCUCAGUGUGACCUUUCAUAAUCUGCUCAGCGUGAACAAUCACCACUUGAAAGUGAGACUGGCGGACACUGACGGUGUCUUUACAGUAAGCUCUUCUGCUGGCACUCACGCCUCAGGUACCUUCAGGUGCACGGACGGACCGGCAGUUUUUGAGGAACCAAGUAUUUGUCCGGCGAGAAUCCUUAAAAGAUGCAGUUCGAUAUUCACGACCCAGGAAUUUUACUCCAUUCUUUCUGGAGCGGGAUUUGAAUACGGCUCUGUUUUCAAACGGCUGCACGACGUGCAUUUUGGAGAUGAAUUUAAAGAGGCAGUGACAACAAUCAAAGUCCCAAAAGAACUCCUUAAGCAUCUCUGCGACUAUUUCAUCCAUCCUGUGCUGUUGGACUGUUUUUUUCAAAUGACCGCCGUCAUAGCUGCGAGGCGUCUCCCAGCCAAGCGGGGCUUCCCCUCGGCUAUCGGCAGUGUUGCCAUUUCAGGACCGCUGCAAGAGGAGAUGCUUAUCUACAUGCGUGCAACUGCAGAGAUGCCAACUUUCAUGAAAGUGUGCGGUUGCUUUGCCACCAGAGGUGGGAAAGUAUUGGUGGAACUUCAGGAGGUGCAAAUUACGUUCUUGGCUGGCAGCUCAGCCGCUUCUCAAUCGUUGUUUUUCCACAACGAAAUCAUUCCCAUCCCAAACAAGACGAACUGUGACAGGAAGAUUAGAGCUUUAGUUUUCGCAGAUAAGCUGGGGAUUGCUGAAGGGCUUGGGCCAUACUUGCACCCAGAGUCGUGCUCCGUGGAGGACAAAGACCACUGGUCCCCUGGUGAUCUUCAAGACCUUGUUCUUGGCAGCAACUUGAGGAACGUUCUCUUCAUUUGGGCCGCGGAGGAUCUCAGUCACUUAUCGCCUCGUAGGACGCUGGACCGCAUGGUGGCCUGCUGUGAGUCAUUCCGGCAGGUUGUGCUAACUUUGAAGCAGGACCAGCAUUCUUGCACUGUGCAUGUUAUAACUUAUAGGUCCACAGAGAGGAUGGUCGACUGUGUGAGUUCUGGUUUUGUGCUGUCCGGUAUGAUGAGAGCUUGUGCAGCAGAGGUACCGGGUAUCUCUUUUCAGCUCAUCGACCUGAUGUCUUUAACGAGAAUGGACAUUGAGUCUCUCGUUGGUGUCAUUCAAACGUGUCAACAUUCAGAAGUCAUUGUUGGUCAAGGAAAGCUGUGGACAACAAGCAUAACGCGCACACCCACAGUGGACAAAGUACAAUGUGAGGGUGAUAAACUAUCAGUCAGAGAUUUUGUCCUCCAGACCAGUCAUCCUUACCGAGUGGAAGGCUUGACUGCUACGUCCCGUGACUCGAAUGAUUGCACCAUCCCAGAUAAAUCAGUUGAGGUGCAACUCACAAAGGUGUGUGUCCAUUCGUCAGAUUACUUCCCUAUGACACUCUCGCAGCUAAAUUUUGGAAAGACGCUGUACUGGAGCAACCGCACGGCACACCCUCACACGUUGCUGGCUCUCGAUUUUAGCGGCAUUGUGACCGCUGUUGGGAAAGAUGUUCGCGGCUUAAAAGAGGGUGACCGCAUCGCGUCAAGUUACCCGGCCGCUACGGCGACGAGGUUUGUCAUUCCGGAAUCCGUGUGUUAUGACACCAAGGAACUUCCAUUCCUGGAGGAAUGUCCGAGUAUGUCAUUCUUCAUCCUGGCGUGGGAGAUACUGCAUCGCACUCUUCCCACUGUUAAAGCACGACAACAGAAUAAACUGACCAUCAUCACUCCAGACUUAGCUUCUGCAUUUCUGAAUGUUUUGGCCAUGACGGCAAACAGAUCGGGCUGGAAUGUGUCCUGUUUGUCCCAUUUAACAAAGCAAGAUCCAAGUCCCGAUCCCUGCCGGGUCUUUGUCUUCCUGCCCCCGUUUGACGACUCGCGGCCGGACUUACGUGAUGACGGCCACGAACGACAUGCUGUCUUUGUUUGCGGAACACGCCAGUCGUCCCCACGCUGGGAAAAUUUGUUUCUGUUCAAGAGCGACUUCCUCCACGUCCGUGUGCUCCACGUGACUCAUGUUCUCCAAAGAGGUUACCUCAGAGCCCAAGGUCAGACCAUUAAGAAGUGGCUCAUGUCACUUGGUUUUAAUCGAGUCUCUCUGCCCAUUAAAAGGGAGACAUUUCCGAUCUCAAACACAGAAAAAGCUCAAGCAAACGAAUCAUAUUUUGCCUCCAAGACGGUGCGCCAAGUGGUCUUAGAUCAGAGAGCGCCGAACUGCCAAUUGUCAGACAUUGUGCUGCACAGCAAGCCAAGAGAACUCUUUAAAAAACACUGUACUUACAUCGUAACUGGAGGUCUCACCGGUUUAGGUUUUGAGACGGUCAAGUUCAUUGCCUGUAACGGCGGCGGUCAUGUUGUGACGCUGUCCAGACGCACGCCAACGCAGGAAAUAGAUUCUCAACUGGAUCUCAUCCAGAAGAGGUUCAACAUCACCGUCAUGAACAUCCAGUGUGAUGUUUCUGCGUCGCAGCAGGUGGCGGAAGCCAUCGCAAAAACUGAACAGAGAUUGACUCGUUGCCCCAUCAAAGGGGUCUUUCACAGCGCUGCGGUGCUCCACGAUGCGCCCAUAGAAACCAUCAACGCGUCCCUCUUGCAGAAGGUACUGCAGCCCAAAGUGAGCGGAGCCUUAAAUCUUCACCAUGCCACACUUCACAUGAAGCUGGACUUCUUUGUGUGCUUCUCUUCCAUCUCGUCGAUUGUUGGCAACGAGCGGCAGUCCAGCUAUGCGGCGGCCAAUUCGUUCCUUGACAAAUUUUGUCUUUACCGGAGGAACCUCGGCUCGGCCGGACAGUCCAUCAACUGGGGUCCUCUGAACCUCGGCCUACUGCUCAACAAAAAAUGCAUCCAAAACCACCUGGAAGCCAAAGGCAUGACAGUCAUGGAAGUGGAGGAGAUCCACGAAGCUCUUGCCAAGGUUCUUCUCAGCAACAGACCUCAGCAGGUCGUAUGCAAGUUCAACUUUCAAAACCCCUCCCUCAGGGAACGACUGUCAGCCUUGGCGGAGGCGGAGCUGAAGGACAAGGGCGGCAUUGAGCCCCCAGUUCCGCAGUCGUGUUCCCCACAUGAGCGUGUGAGAAGGAUCGUCGCUGAUGUUGGUAACCUUAGCGAGGACGAGCUGGAUAGCGACGCCACGCUGGUUGCGCUGGGUGUGGACUCCAUGUUGGCCCUGACACUUCAGAGUAAGAUAUUCCAAGAGACAAAUGUAAAUGUAGCGUUGGUCAGCAUACUGGACCCAAGCGCAACAGUGGCAACUUUGGAAGGUUUGGUGAUCAAUAAUAAUAAUAAUGUAAGGACCCGUGAGCCAUGAGGAACUAGGGUUUGUUUUAGAAAAAUAAGAAUCAAGUGAACUGCUAUAUCCUCUUCCCAUGUUACGUUUGAAAUGUGCUUUUUGAAACAAUUUUAUCGCACUUUGUCAAAUGUGUUGUUUUAAAAUGUGCUCUAUGGCUGACUCUAGCUUGGAAUUGAUCAGUUUGGCGCAUAAAGCAGUGAAGGGCGAGAGAACACUCAGCUGAUCGGGUUGCCACUCACGGCUAGCAACGCGGCUCUUGUGUUGUAUUGUGAAGGCAUUCAACAUGUCUAUGAUGACAAUCAUAAGUUUCUUUUCUGUCACAUUCUUUAAUGGAAU